AUGAUUGGCAGACGACUCCUUGUGCUCACCUUGGGACUCCUUGCGCUCGGCUUUGUGCACUGCGAGGAUGCGGCUGACGGAGAGAUUGUUGAUGAGGGAGCACCCGUGACUGCCCCUAUUGAUGAGGAAGUUGGAGGAAUUGGACCAAGCUCUGAUGCGGCCUUGUCGUUCCUCUUCACUCAACCAUCAUCGGCUAAUGUUAACAGGGAAUUGGUCGCCGGGAAACUCGUCAAAUACUUGAUCGGCUUCCAAAAUCGCGGUGAAAAGGACUUCAUCGUCAAAUUCUCGGAGAGCUCCUUCAGAUACCAUCAAGAUUUCAACUACCACAUUCAAAACUUCACUUUGGGACAAUACAACCGUCGUGUGGCACCAAAGGAGGAGGCGACACUCGAUUAUGGACUCUUUGUGGCCGAUCAAUUUGCCGGACGACCAUUGGGACUUGUCGUCAAUGUGCACUAUGAGGAUUCGGAGGGCCGCUAUUUCGUCUCGACCGUCUUCAACGAGACCGUCUCUGUUUUGGAGGAUGAUUCGGGCUUCAACCACGAAACUUACUUCUUGUACUUGGUCUUCGCUGGACUCCUCGCCGGUGCCUUCUUCCUUGGACAACAUUACCUCAACAAGUUGACUCGAAAGGCCGGCAUGACAAAGAAGCGGUCAGCUCCAGUUGAGACAGGAACGAGUGGACGAUCGGAGGUCGAUUUCGAGUGGAUCCCAAGAGACGUCAUCAAAGCAUCCGAGAAGAAAUCCCCCAAACCAGUCUCUCCUCGUCAACGAAAGGCACAAAAAGCCGAA